GAUGAUAACGAUGAUGAUGAUAACGAUGAUGAUGAUAAUGAUGAUGAUGAUCUAUUUUGUUUUAGUUUCAGUCCAGUCACGAGAGAGGAGAAAGUCUCUUCAUCCACGCGAGGUGAGAACAUAUUGGUCCACGGUUUUGAGCCAGAAUUUCUUCUUUUCAAUAACAUGCACUUUUCGAUUCAGUCAAACACAUUUUUUAGGAAAAAUACAAGUUUCCCGCACUUUUAAUUUUCACUUUUGUUAUUUUUGUAAUUUUUUUUUGUAGAGAAGUAUAAAACAGUAUCAAAAGCAAACAAAUGUUUUUAAAAUUAUAACAUACGUCAACCAAUUAAUUACAACUAACGUUCAGAAAUCGUUGCGCGUGCUGAAAGCCUGAACAGAUUCUCCCCUAGUUUAUAGCUAUAGAGUGGCCAAUAUAUUCUGAAGAGUCAAGGGUUCUUCUCUCUCUAGGGAUACCAAGAAUUUUCCUACUUCAUUUCUUCACUGCUUUAAAACGUUCUUCUCUAUAUUCACAUCCAAGUCUCAUUUCACUUUUGUAAUCACAUGUUAAACAUAGCUUANNNNCUUUGAUUUCGGCCAAGAUAAUCGCGUUAAUUUCCUUUUUAUGAAAUUCUACCUCCUCUUUCGCGUUAAUUUUCUUUAUUCGAAAGUCGCUUUCCAUUGAAUUCGCGUUAAUUUAAGUCGCGUUAAUUUCCAAUACCUUAAUUUCAUGAAACGUUAAUUUCCUACAAUAAGGUAUACUAAAAUAUUGGUAGAGUACCCUCCCUCCCACCCCCAUGGGGCUUAAAAUGUGACCUUUUUAACGGAUGUACCAGCAGAUCGAUAUUAUGCGGAUGAUGAAAACGGUUGAUAUGAGAGACAUGAUGAUAACGAUGAUGAUGAUAACGAUGAUGAUGAUAAUGAUGAUGAUGAU